AAUCUAUCUGAUCACUCUUUAUGUUAAUUACACAAAAAGGCAGGACACGAAAAAAAGAAAAAGAAAAAAAAGAAAGGGCUUAUUUGUUGUAAGUAUAAAACAUCAGGGGUUCAUAUGCAAAUUAUCAUAAAAGAAUAGUAGAACCCUGGAGGAGGAGGAAGAAGAAGAAGCGAGGGUUUUGUUUGAGCUCAAACUCCGCCAAUCUCUGGGCCAAACCUUAACAGACUUUGGAGGCAUUAGAUCGGAGAAAAUGCAAUCGAUUUGUAGUAGCAGUACAAGGUUGCUUCAGAGGAACCGUUUCUCCAUCUCCAACACUCUUCUUCGUUUCACUUCUUCUUCUUCUCCAAGCUGGUCUGAAAAUGAAUCUAGGAAGCUAGCAGGGUCUGAUCCUUUCCCUUACACCAGAGCUUUCGAUUCAUAUCUCAUCAGCUCGUUGACAAAGGCGGCUUCUUUCUCUUCCCCAGUACCUAAACAAUGCUUUACGUAUUCGUCGAGGUGCUUUUCAACCAUUGGAGAUUCUGUUCCUCAAGGAUUCCCUGUUGUGUCGGCUCCUGAUGUGCCUCCGAGAAUCAAGUUCAAGCGGCUUGAUAAAACCGCCAAGCAUAUCAUGCAGAUUGUAGACAACGAGGCUGUUGAGGAAGUGAGAACUCGUAGAGAGAUACCAGAGAUAAGGCCUGGGUAUAUUGUGCAGCUUAAAGUGGAAGUGCCUGAGAACAAGAGGCGUGUUUCAAUCGUAAAAGGCAUUGUCAUAGCGAGGCGUAAUGCUGGUCUUAACUCCACUUUUAGGAUUAGAAGGCUUGUGGCUGGUGUGGGUGUCGAAUCCAUGUUUCCCUUGUAUUCGCCAAACCUGAGGGAGAUUAAGGUGUUGGACAAGAAGAGAGUAAGAAGAGCCAAACUUUAUUACCUCAGAGACAAGAUGAACGCUCUCAAGAAGCAUUAGCACCUUCAUCAUCAUAUCAUAAAAGAAAGUUGCCUAUACUCUCCUGGAAACUAAAGUCUUGAGGUUUUUUAGUGACGAUUUGAUCUUAACUCACAUAUUGGACUGUAUAAUGUAUUAAAUAAUCCAUAAGCUAUUGUUCCCCACAAAGCAAAUGUUGUGCCAUUUUUGAAACAACAUAAAAAUUUAAUCUCUUUUUUUUCUUCAAAA